UGACAGCGCGACUUCCUCUUCUUCUUCUUCUUCUUCUUCUCGUUCGUCUUGAGCUCGCAGGGUUGGAGUUUUCUGCAUUUCGGAGCGAUCUUCAAUGGCGUUGUUGCUCAGCAGGACCAACCCCGUCCUCUCCCAUCUCCGAUCCCACCCUCAGAGGACGGAGGAUGCUCUCGCGCUGCUGUCGCGUCGCGGAUUGCACGUCGACCCGGGGGCUCGCGAGAAAGCUCUUCUGGCACCAGAUCCGAUCCUAAGCCGUUUCAAGUCACAUAAGAAGGGUGUAAAGCGGUUGAAAAGAAUUGGAGAUGUCCUCACAGUCGUUGUCGUUGCUGGAUGUUGCUAUGAGAUCUAUGUAAAAGCGGUGAUGCGAGAAGAAGCUCGAAAUCAGGGGAGUGCCUCUGGUGAAAGUGCUUAGUUUUCCUGAACUUCUGUAUGUUUGUUUAGCCUUAGUUUGGGAGAACAGUGGCCAAUAAGCAGGACAGAAAAUGCUCCUCAGUUUGAAGUUUUGUAUCUCCGUUUCCAUUUCUCUUUUAAUUGGAUGGAGCACAUUUCAUCUGUCGGACCAGAAAAGGUUAAAUUGCCUGACUUAGCUUGGUAUGCGAGACAAAAGGCUCUUCGGAUGGCCAAUGGCGAGGGAGCACAAUUGGUACA